UUGUUGGGCCGAAGGGCUUGUUUCCACACUGUAAUGUAAUGUAAUCUAAUAAGGAGCAUUGUAACAUAAACGCGAAGGUAAACAUAUCAAUGUAUUUAAGGUUUUCCCGAAAGUACCUUCUCUUUGUAUUAGUUGCAGAUUCCAAUGUAGGGUAUAUCAGUAAAACUGCCCGCAACUCGAUUUCAAAAGGUGGUUCAUCUCCACCUUCUCGGGGGCAAUUAGGAAUGGGGAUUAAAAAACUGAAUUUGUCAGGUACUCUCAAAGACUUUUUUUAAAAUUUAUAAAAAUGGCCUCGACAACUCAUUAUUAGGGAGAGCUUGGAGCGUAAGUAUCAAAAUGAUCAGUAAGAUUGCAGUGGUCAGAGAAACCUCACGGUUACUGGAAACAAGUCAUCCUCCGGAGUUCGGAGAUAAUCUCAUUACCGAAAGACUCCGCUUACCACCGGUCUCCGGCUGUUUGCUCGAUUCUCUCCCCCCCAAUCCCGUUCCCUUUGUGUCCCUGCCCCUGACUGGGUGAAGCAGGGGCAGUCCCUUCCCUGGAAAUCCAGCCCUUUCCUUGCGAUCCGCCCGCCUCAGCCUGAGCUGCACCGAGCCGCCGUGGACUGGAGGCUUUCGACGGGAGACAAUGAGCGCGGCGCCCGGCAACGAGAGCUCUCGGUCGGCCGCCCUAGCACCGAGCGGAGCCGAGGGAAACCUCCGGGCGAGAGACAGCGAUUCUCUGUUCAUCAGGAACAGCUCCUUCAGGAGGAACUCCCAGACAUCGACGGCGAGUCUGAGCCGGGAGAUCGGCGCCGCUUCCAACAUCAAAGCCCCUCGUCCGGCGUUCAUCAUCACUUCAGGAGAAUUUCUGCAGCACAGCUCAGACUGUACCAGCAGCCCUGGGCCACACUCCACCACCAGGACCCUCUUCUACAAAGGCCUCUGCCUCCUCCUGCUGCUGUGCCAAGGGGGGCUCUUGGAUUUCUACCUGAUCAUUUUCACCGACCUGUACUGGUGCUCCUGGAUAGCCACCGACCUGGUGGUGAUGGUGGGCUGGCUCAUCUUCUUCAUCAAGCACUCCAGGCGGAGAGGAGACGCCGCCAAAGCGGCCCCAGACAGCGGCCAGUUCGCCUUCUCCUACCUGGCCUGGCUCAUCUAUGUCAUCGCCUGCACGCCCAAAAUCGUGCUGAUCCUGGAGACCUCCAUCCUCGACUUGAUUGAGUUGAAGGUUCCUCUGGGUACCACCGGCUUUAAGAUGGUGGUCCUGUCGUCCGUGCCCUUGCUGUACACCCUCAUCAACUCGGUGACUGAGGAGCUGAGCUGCCACAGCAGCCACCGAGCGCAGCAUUAUUACAGCCGGACGUGCCUGGAUCUCCUGGACAGCUUCACUCUCAUGGAGCUGGUGCUGGCCGGCCAUAUCCCCAGUGUUUACCUCAAGUACACGGUCACCGCCGUCUACUUCGUCGCGUUUUUCAUCCCGGUUCUCUGGCUCUACGAACUCAACUCGUUGCAGCUGCACUACAAGUGUGUGGUUUUUCGCUUCCUGUCCAGUUCCGCGGUCAAUGCCCCUCUCUUGGUGGUCAGGUGCUUUCUGGUCUUUAUUUAUGACCAGCAGGUCUCGGUGUUCCUUUUGAAGAAUGUCUUUUGGUUGUGUUGUGAUUGUGCCGAGGUGCUGGAGAGAUGUUGCAGCGUGAGACGUGUCCGUAAGUACUCGAGCCCUCCUGUGCAGUUUACACAUUGCAUUUCGGAGAAUGAGAUGUGUGCACAUGGCUACGUGAACACCUUGGCAGUGACAGCUCAGUCCUAGCAGCAGUUGCAGCUGACCUUUCAAUCCAAUUUGUAGGGAUUUAUUGUGACAUUUUAUUCUUUGUGAACUCUUUUGUACCGGUACUUGAGGAUGCUUUUUAAGUGUUUGUGUAUCAAUUCGUAUUGGUGCUAGUAUGCGAUUUCUGCACAACGACUUGGGUAUGAGAAAGCUAUUUUUCUGGACCAGCUGUGCAUUAUUAGAGUGGUGCUGGAAAAGCACAGCAGGUCUGUGCUUCAUCAGGAAUCACCCCUGAUUCCUGAUGCAAGGCUCC